AUGUUACGCUGCAGCAGUGGGAUAUUAAGGUCCCCCCCCCCCGGUGCUUUGGUUGGGCAAUACGACAUCGUCCAUGUGCGCAACUUCGCCUUUGUUUUGCAGGACCCAGAUAUUCCGCGCGUUCUGCGCAACGUCGUUGAUCUGCUAAAACCCGGCGGCUAUCUCCAAUGGGGCGAGGCCGAUGUAUCAUCCUUCCGAAUCGAGACGGUCGACUCGGCUUCCAAGACCGAUUCAUUGCGCCGUCUCCUGGAGUUGUCCCAAAGCCAGGACUCGCGGCUAGCUCCCACCUGGGUCCCAAACAUGCCGAAGCUGUUUGUGGACGCUGGUCUGAAGAAUACAAUUUCCGAUGUUCGCGAUGCACCCCCCUACAUGGCCUUCUUAAUGCAUGAGUGUGGUCUGAUGAUCCACGAGUUGGUUGCGAGGCAGACUGGGAACCAAGAGGUAGCAAAAGCUCUGCAAUCCCUGAUGGCCGAGGUGGUCGAGGAGACCAAGCGUGGAGCCUGGUGGGCAUUCACCCGGUGGACUGUCCUUGCAACCAAGUCCUAG